AUGGGCAAGUACUCGGUCCGUGUAGCCACCGGGGAUUUGUUCCUGGCAGGCUCUCCCAACCAGGUGCAGCUGUGGCUGGUGGGUAAGCACGGGGAGGCAGACCUAGGGACGCAGCUGCGACCCGUGUGGGGAAAGGAGGAGUUUGAGAUCGACGUCCCCCUGCACCUGGGGCGCCUCCUGAUGGUGAAGCUGCGCAAGCACAACGUGCUGUUGAGUGUCGACUGGUUCUGCAAGUGGAUCUCAGUGCAGGGCCCGGGAACCCAAGGCGAGGCCUUUUUCCCCUGCUACCGCUGGGUGCAGGGCCACAGGAUUAUCUGCCUGCCCGAGGGCACUGCCCGGACCCUGAGUGAUGACCCCCAGAACCUGUUUAAGAAGUACCGGGAACAGGAGCUCGAAGAAAGAAAGAAGGUGUACCGGUGGGGCUCCUGGAAAGAUGGGUUAAUCCUGCCUAUAGCAGGGAAUAGGCAACCGGACCUUCCCAGGGACGAGCGAUUCCUCGAGGAUAAGGAUUUAGACUUUAGUGUCUCCCUAGCAAAAGCGUUGAAGGACAUGGCCAUUAAGGGGACACUGGAUUUCAUAAAUUGUGUGAAAAGGCUGGAAGAUUUCAAAAAAAUAUUCCCACGUGGAAAGACUGCCCUGGCUGAGCGGGUUCAUGAUUCUUGGAAGAGUGAUGCCUUCUUUGGGUACCAGUUUCUCAAUGGUGCAAACCCCAUGCUCCUGAGGCGUUCUUCAAGGCUCCCCGCCCGCCUGGUGCUGCCUCCAGGGAUGGAAGACUUGAAGACCCAGCUGGAGAAAGAACUCCAGGCUGGAUCUCUGUUUGAAGUGGAUUUCUCCUUGCUGGACGGAGUCAAGCCUAAUGUCAUCAUUUUUAAGCCGCAAUAUGUGGCCGCCCCUUUGGUCAUGCUGAAGCUGCAGCCUGAUGGAAGACUCUUGCCCAUGGUCAUCCAGCUCCAGCCACCUCGAUACGGAUGUCCCCCACCUCUGCUCUUUCUGCCCUCGGAUCCCCCCAUGGCCUGGCUCCUGGCCAAGACCUGGGUCCGGAGCUCUGAUUUCCAGCUGCACCAGUUACAGUCACAUCUGCUGAGGGGACACUUAAUUGCUGAGGUUAUUGCUGUGGCUACAAUGAGAAGCUUGCCUAGCCUCCAUCCUAUUUACAAGCUCCUGAUCCCCCACUUCCGCUACACCAUGGCGAUCAACACCCUGGCCCGUAGUCGUCUUGUCUCUGAAGGGGGAAUUUUUGACCUGGUGGUGAGCACUGGUAGUGGGGGCCACGUGGACAUUCUUCAGAGAGCCACAGCUUGUUUGACCUAUCGUUCCCUCUGUCCUCCUGAUGACCUGGCUGACCGUGGACUCCUGGGUGUGAAAUCUUCUCUUUAUGGCCAAGAUGCCAUCAGGCUGUGGGGAAUCAUCAGCCGGUACGUGGAGGGGAUGGUUGGGCUUUUCUACAAGAGCGACCAAGCCGUGAAGGAUGAUCUAGAGCUCCAGGCCUGGUGCAGAGAGAUGACUGAGACUGGACUGCAGAUGGCCCAAGACCGGGGGUUCCCCAUCUCCUUAGAGUCCCGGGCUCAGCUCUGCCACUUUGUCACCAUGUGCAUCUUCACAUGCACGGGUCAGCAUGCUUCUAACCACCUGGGUCAGCUGGACUGGUACUCCUGGAUCCCUAAUGGCCCAUGCACCAUGCGGAAGCCCCCACCCAUCUCCAAGGAUGUGACAGAGAAGGACAUAGUGGACUCACUGCCCAAUCUCCACCAGGCACAUAUGCAAAAGACCGUCACAGACUUCCUUGGCAGACGUCAGCCUGUCAUGGUGGCCCUGGGGCAGCAUGAGGAGAAAUAUUUCUCUGGCCCUGAGCCCCAAGCUGUGCUGAGACAAUUCCGGGAGGAGCUGGCUGCCAUGGACAAGGAGAUUGACGUCCGGAAUGCAGUCCUGGACCUGCCCUAUGAGUACCUUCGACCCAGCAUGGUAGAGAACAGCGUGACCAUCUGAGAGGGCUUGCCCGCCUCCGCUCCAAAGCUCCACCAUCCCUGAGUGCCUUUUAGUAUUCCGUCCUCCUCACAUCCUCUGGUGAACAAAUUGUCCUCAAAGCUUUGUGGUCAGGGUACCCAGAGCUGCCCACCACACAACUAUGGGGAAUACACGGUGAUGGUCCCCACUGCAUUUGGAAGCGGCAUCCCCCAAAGCUGCCCUACCUUAAAUGUCCAUCCAGUCCUGCACUUCCUCACCCCUGAUCCCUGGCACACCUCCUCAUUGCCAAAGGACCUGGCUUAGAUACAAGUAAAAAUACACGAUUAAAUAACAAAAC